CAUCACCCAACCUGUUCUCGUAAUUCACGGCGACAAGAACGAGACGUGUCCCAUUGUCCACGCCGAGAAACUUGUCACCCAGUUGGUUAACGCAGAGGGCGGCGCGAAGCUGUUCAUAGUUAAAGGUGGCUCCGGUGCGCUAAGCAUCGUCCCCGGCAACGCGUCCAUCGCGAAUCAGACCUUCGUCAAGUUCCUCACGCGCCUCCCGCCCGCGCGCUCGGACCUCGUCGCGGACACGCUCGAGGAGCGCGACGCGAAGAUGCGCGCAGGGCUCGAGCGGCUGGCAGCCUUUGUUGGCGACCGGAGUAUCGCGGACCGCGACCCCAGGUCGCCGAUGUCGUUCUCGACGGUCGGGCCGGAGGUGCUGAAGAGCCAGACGGAGAUGCUGGCGCAUUACUCGCAAGGGGAGGAUGGGGUGUUCUCGCCGUUGGGGCCGGAUGGGAGGCCGUUGAGGAGGGUAUCAGAGCGCAAGCGCGAACAUUGGUUCCACAGCGAGAAGGAUGGGUUGUCUUAUGCUGGCAACGUCGUCCCUCUCCCUGCCCAGAGCGGCGGCAAGAACCAGCCCCAGCAGCAACGACAUCGUCGCUCGAACUCCGUCACGGACACGACGAACCGUCUGCCGCACUCGGAGCCGAUAUCCACCGAGGCGGUGAAGGACGGACGUUUGCGGCGGACGAACCACACGAGCGCGGGGUUCAACGCGAACACGGUGGAGAAGCAUGUCAUCAAGGGCUCGAUGGCGAAGGUGGUCGCGCAGUCGACGGCGCAAUCGGGGAGGCUGAGGUUGUAGAGGGCGGGUGCGAGGACACUGUCGUUGGGCUAGCGCUGUCGCCCUCCAGCACAGUUGCCACCCGCGAAGCCAGCCGCCGUCGGCGAGGACAUGGACGCCACGAGGCGCGCCCUACCCUGUGCCGGUCAUCAUACCCGCGAGGCCUGCGGCCACACUUUUGUCGGGGCAUACCUUUACGGAUCCCUCGACUUCUUCCCUCCCUUGGGCGUACUGGCGAGUCCGGUCCCAUCUUUGUUUGUUAUCACCGCGGAGAGGCGCAUAUAGGCCACCGCCCUGCAUCAUCAUUAUAUGCUUGCAUCAUUACUAGUCCCUCCUCUCACUUGUUCUUUCUUCUCUCUUACUAUCAUCUCUGUAUUCUCCUCUCCGCCCUCCCUCUCUCUUCCGCACUGCGCGCGUGCGCGUAUACAUACUCUACUCGCGCUGUUGAUGACGCCUUACUCUACAUGCGGGACGCGGGCGGGCGCGCGACGGUCGGGCAGCCAGGGUACGACCAUCCAGG